AUGAAAGAGGUGGAUUCCUUGCACAUCCAAUCGACACCUUCCAGAGAGUAGCUUCGGUUUUAGGUUGCCUUUCUUUAUUCUCUUUUCUAUUUUGCAUUUCUCCCUCUGCUCUCCGCCUUCUCUUCUCUCUCUGUAAUCUCACUCAUUAGUUCAAGACUUCAAGCUGGCGAUCGAAAACCAAGAAUCCACUGUCCGUGAAAUCAAGACCAAGAAGAGAAGAAUCAUGGGAGCUGGUGGACCUGAUGAAGAAGAUAACAGGUGGCCGCCAUGGUUGGAACCUCUGUUGAGAGAACAUUUCUUUGUUCAAUGCAAGCUUCAUGCUGAUUCUCACAAGAGUGAAUGCAAUAUGUUCUGCUUAGAUUGUAUGAAUGGCGCUCUCUGCUCUCUAUGUCUAGCUUAUCACAGAGAUCAUCGUUAUAUUCAGAUUAGGAGGUCCUCGUACCAUGAUGUGGUAAGGGUAUCGGAGAUACAAAAAUACCUGGACAUAACUGGCGUCCAAACUUAUGUUAUAAACAGCGCCAAGGUCGUCUUCAUCAACGAGAGGCCUCAACCAAGGCCCGGAAAAGGUGUCAACAACACCUGUGAGGUCUGUGACCGUAGCCUUGUCGACUCCUUCCGCUUCUGCUCUCUCGGUUGCAAGAUUGUUGGCACAUCAAGAAAUUUCCCGAAGAAGAAGAUGCACAUCUCCGCCGUGGCAUCGGAUUCCGAAGACUCGUACAGCUGCAGUAGCCUUGGAAAGGUGAAGAACUACAACAACAAAGUGCAGAGCUUUAGUCCUUCGACGCCGCCUCCGACAUCGGCGAAACGGAGAAAGGGGAUUCCCCAUCGAGCCCCAAUGGGAGGACUAGUCAUAGAAUAUUAGCCAUAGCCAUAGCGUUGUUCCUUUUUGUCCUUUUAAAGAUCCGCCAUUGUCACAGUAUUGUGUAUGUAUAAACAUGAGAAGCAAAAACCCAUUGAGUGUAGAAGUGGAGAAUGAUGGAAAAAUAAGCCCCCAAAAUAUGUUGAAGUGAUACAACUAGGAAGCUUCCCUUUUAGUGUUCACAAUGAUGGUACUUAGGCUUUUUAGCAAAUAAUAAUGGGGAAUAAUAUAUGUACAUAGGGUUUCGUUUAGUACAAGUUUUAGGGUUGAGGGUUAGCGAAAGGAAAUCACGUACUGUGCAAUCUAAAGUUAAUGUUUAUAAUUUUUGGUUAUGGAAAUGAAAUAAUAGUAAGGUUGGUC